CGUGCAGAUAAUUACGUGGUCCCUUCAUAAACUGGUCUACGGAUACGCUGCAGUUUUUUGAGCGGUGCCGCACAGCUCUAGAGGCGAACGCGGGGCGGCGGUGUCGAUCGGCUCCAUGGGCGACCACGCCUUUGAAAAGGGGACGGUAGGCGCUGCUCCGGCGCUCGUGGACGGCGGGGCCGUGCGGGCUUCGGCGCCUGGCCCUGUCGAGUUCAAAACGCACGUCGACCCGUCGCCGGAGCUCGAGACGGUCGUGCUCAACUUCGGGCCGUCGGACUACGCCACGAUCGGGACCUUCUUCGUCGUCAACGCGCUCGGCGGGUGGCGUUUCGGCGGCGCGAUACGCGGGCCUACGGCCGGGACGACGGGCAUGCUUGGGGCGCUCGCCGGCUUCCUUUACUGCUACGGCCAGACGAGCUACAAGCUCAUGGGCAUCAAGCCGUGGUGAGUGCCGACGUUGGGCGGGCUUCGACGCGUCUCACGUAACGCGCCACCCGUAAUACAGACUUGUAACAUUAGAAGCUAC